AUGUCUUUUCAAAGUGAAGAAGAAGAAGAAGAAGUUGGUAAUGGUGAUGAUGUUCCCAACCCAUCAUCACCUCCAAUUGCCCUCAAUUUCACAUCCACCAAUCUAACCCACCUAUCCAAUCUUAUUCCAUCUCUUAUUGAAGAUUUCGAAUUCGAUCCUCAUCUUACAUAUAUCUUUGAAUUCAACUUACAUUUGAUUUGUCCUGAUCGGGGUGGUGUUCAACCGCAAUCGACAAUUCGAAAAAUCGGGUUUGAAAUUCGGGGUGAUAAGAUUCUGGAAAAGAUUAGGGAUUUUAGAUUGCAGUUAACGAAUGUUGAUUAUUUGAUAGAUGAUAAUUUAAGUUGUUUUAAAUAUGUGGUGAAAUGGACUGGGUUUAGAUAUUAUCUUGUCAAAUAUUAUUAUAUUUGUUUUAUUCUUGGUACGGUUUUGUUUGCUGGUAUAAGUGGGUUUACUAGUUUGGCUACUAGUUAUGGAUUGUUGGCUUUGACGGCAAAGAAUGAAGAGGAACUAGAAAGGGUAUAUAUAAAACAGGAGAGGUUUGAGUAG